GCACACCAUUUGGCGCGACACUCGGCGAGUCACUCGGCGAACCCCCGUACCAUCGCGGCGUACGGACGACGAUUUUCUUGGUCGCGUGUGUCUCGAUCGUCCGAGUGGACAGUUAGUUCGGCGGGAACAGUUCAGUUGUUGGACCACAACCUGGAUCGGCCGAUCGCCCGUUCUCCGAUGUCAUCGGGCGGACCCGGCGAAUCAGUGGCUGCUUGCGGUGUACGGUGACCACCCUUUGAGCGCUGAUCGAUCGGCGGCACUUUGCGAAACGUGCAGGCUGUCGCGCGCAGACGACGCGAGGGCUAAUAUCAUGGGAAUCAGUGAUUGAUUUAGAUUACCGGAUAAACGUAAGAGACCGCGCGAGAUAAGGGAGAAAGAAGGCAAUCGACAAGUACUCACUCUCGAGAACAGUGACAGUCGCGCUCGCGAUCGUGGUAAGUGCUGGACGUGGUUCGUCGCCCGUGUCGUUCAGGCGUAGUGACAGUUGCCGCGUGUACACUUCCGGCCGGCCGACACCACCGUUGGGACUUUUCUCCCCGCGCCCCCUCCGGUCCGGAGGGGUCUUCGGGAAUUCCAGUGCGCGCGAGGAGACCGCAGCGUCAAGGCGGCCCGCGUGCGCCUUCCUCGCCUACUGCUCGAGCAACCGGUUAAGAUUUUUCGCUCACUACCGAACUAUGCGUGGUGCGAGAUGGUGUGUUCUCUGACCAGCGGCAAGGCCUGCGCCAGCGACAGCGGAGACCCGUGCCCGGACCCGCCAUCGCGUACCACGCCGGAGGGCGGUGGACUCGAGAUCGCCGAGAACAUGUCGUCGUCGCUCAGCGACGCGCACCGACGCAACAAUAACCACCACCUGGACCAGGGUGACCGUAGUUCGUCCGCGGGUUCCUCGCUGGGCUCCUGCUCGCCGCCGCCCGCCUCGAGCCACUCGCCGCCACCCCCGCGGCCACCUUGGCUGCACGACUUCCACGCAGCGGCCGCGCCCCACGUUCUACAGUUCCUCAAUCUGAGUGCUGCCGGCGGCGGCAUGCUCGGCAGCCAACCGUUGGCGGCACUUCACUCUAUGGCCGAAAGGAGUCAUCAUCAUCAGCAACAACAGCAGCAGCAGCAGCAGCAGCAGCAGCAACAGCAGCAGCAACAACAUCAGCAGCAGCAGCAGCAACAACAGCAGCAGCAGCAGCAGCAGUCGCAUCAGCAACAGCACCAUCCGUCGCAUCAGCAACAACAGGGUGGCAUCCAGCUAUCACGCAUCACCGUGCCGCUCUCCACCAUCACGCAAGGCCAAUCGUCGCCCACCGGCAGCGGCAAACACAGCCCGGCCUCCAUCACGUCCGUCGGCAGCAACCCCCACGGCAUCGAUACGAUACUCUCGAGACCGACGGCAACGGUCCAUCCCCAGGCGCCGUCGCACGCGGGUCUACCACCGGCACCGCAUCCCCAGCACAUGGCUGCGCCGCGGUAUGCUAUGCACGCCGGCUUCACGGCGUCCUCGGGUAUCGGGCAAUUUCAACAAAGAACGGAACCACGACACCCCGCUGUCUAUUGGCCGGGUCUUCAGGGACUAGUCAGCGAUCCUCUCGCAUGGCGAGCAAGAUUACACACACUGUCGCAACAGCUGGGCUGUCAGCAAGCGAUGACGGGCGCGGGCGGUGGUGCCGGGGAACACGACGGCGGUAAGAAGAAGCACACGAGGCCCACAUUUAGUGGACAGCAGAUCUUCGCCCUGGAGAAGACCUUCGAGCAGACCAAGUACCUAGCCGGUCCGGAACGUGCCAAACUGGCGUACGCUCUCGGAAUGUCGGAAUCUCAAGUCAAGGUAUGGUUCCAAAACCGGCGGACGAAGUGGCGGAAGAAGCACGCGGCCGAGAUGGCGACGGCGAAGCGGCGGCAGGAGGAGGUCGAGGGCGUCGUCGCCGAGGGUGAGGACGGUUGCAGCGACGCAGAGGCCGACGGCAGCAGCAGCGGCGGCGGUGGCGGCGGAGGUGGUGGAGGUGGCGGAGGUGGCGGUGGCGGCGAGACCGCCGCGAAAAGGCUGCGAAGGGAGCUCGAGCAGCAGUACAGGCAUUGAGAGCCGCUCGGCGGCGGCGGGGGUAGUCCGGGGGUAGCGCGGGGGUGCGAAAAAAGAGAAAAGAGGGACGCAGAGGAGAAGGAUAAGGCGUGGCUCGGGGGCGGCGCGUUCCGGAGGGUUUCUCGCGGCUUGUACGGGGUACAACGCGCGUGUCGGCUCGGAAAUGAUCGUGGAACGACUGAACGACGGCAAAGAGAGAGAAAGACGGAGAGAAAGAAUGGAAAUCCUACGUGGGUACGUGUAUGCGUACGUGUGGCCGCGUGUCUUCCUUCGUGAUUUAGCCGGACGCUUAACGCGGCAUCGCGAGUGACGUACGGGGUGUUCGGGAAGUCGCGUCAUGUCACGCUGGGUAGGUGGCGAUUCAAGAAUUCUAAUAGUCAGCGGAUUGACAAUUCCGAUGCGUCGAUUCUUGUUGAGUUACAAGAUUCGCAAAGGGGCAACAAAGAUUCACUUUCUGAGUUGUUAUAGUUUCGAGUAAUCUUUAAACAAAACUCUGCGAGUUUAAUUGUCAUUGUCAUUGCACCUGAUCUGUCUCGAAGGCAAAAAAGUCACCUUCCGAAAUUCUGUUCGAAAAUUUCUAGUUUACGUCAUCAGCGUAUCGAUACGUGGUAUCGAUGAAGCCUGAGAAUCAAGUAGACCCACGUUCGCGUACCGCGACCGAAUCGGAAUCGGCUUGGCACCACCUUGUUACCCUAAUUACGCGACGUUUCGCGUGGCGGGCAAAUAUAGCGCCGUCUGGAAUAACGUUAACACCUUACACGGGACACGACCAUCCCCAAAAUCUCCCGAUCGCGUGUGCAUAUUUAGUCGCUGCGAGAGCAUACGGAGGAAUCGAUAGGAAGGGUUUGCCAAGCUGCUUACGCGAUGGCAGAUUAGUCGCUGGGGCUUUGUUAUCCAUCCGACAAACAACGCACGGCAAAUAUGGCAAACAACGCACGCGACGCAACGUCAGCCCCGUCAAGAAGGUGUUAAUGGAUAACCAUAAAUCCAAGGGCUCGGCAAUCUGUACGUCGUUCUUGCUAGUCGACCAUCGCAUCGGGAAAGCGGCGCGGAACAGCGAUUCUCUCUCUCGGUUCGAUAAAUAAUUAUAUGUAAAUACACUUGAUCCGACAGGCUUUCGAAAAAUUAUUUCUUGCGUUAAGAUACGCGCUUGACCGCUCGUAUCGUCCCGCCGAAAAAUCUCUGCGUCGAGUACCAUGAAAUAACGCAACAAGAUUGCACCCCUUUGUUGUUACCGAUGAACAUGAAUAUCGCGAAUUGCUUCUGUUAGAGACGUCCAAAAGGAAGCAUAAUUAAUCUUUCUGUGAAAAGUGAGACAACGCGAAGACGACUGAAGACGCUUCCUCGCUUAUUAAAGUUGAAGUUCGUUAUGGAAUUAUUUCAUUAAUUUUUGUACAAUUGUAUGUAUCGUUUACGUGUGUACAUGUAUUUAUUUCUAUCUUUACCACGCGCGGGACUGCAUUUGUAAAGAAGAAUAUCUUAUAGCCUUGUUUCUCUGCGAGUUAUGGUGAAAAGUCAUGAAUCUACCAUAAGGAUAUCCGAGAGGUGAUCGCGCGUAAUCGUAUGCGUGAUCGGACACGAGGAAACGCGCGUCGAUAUCGGCGAAGUGUGGGAGCGAGUGCGAAAAGAGCAAGUGCAUUUUGUAUAUUAUGUAGAUAAACGAUAAACGUGAAUGUGAUAUCUAACGUAUUUAAUACGGCGUUCGGUCUAGGCGCGUAAGUGAGUAGAUAUCGUCUAUUGUAGAUUAAAAUAAAAACGCAAAGAGAGAGAGAGGGAGAGAGAGAGUGAGAGAGAAAGGGAGAAAGAGGAGAAUAUAGCAUUACAUAUACACACACACACAAAUAAAACGCACGUGGCGUGCGUCUAAACCCGUAACUCUGGCUCUGCUUUUUUUUAGCUGCACUUUCUUACAUUUUCUGCAUUUAAAAUGAGACAGGUGUAUAUUCGGGCCCUUGGAGGGGAUGGAAAAGGGAGGGCGAAAUACAGAAAGCGCAACUAAAAAGGACGAACCUCCUGUAUUCUCGCCGCAGGUUGCCGCUAAAUACGGUUGCCUGAUCCCGAGCUUUAUUCAUUCGAUACAAAGACGUUAUUUUAACGAAGCGUACUUGGAGCUUUAAUUCAUGGUGUACACCGUGGGAAGUGAAAAACUGAUACUUUCAUAAUCACAAAUCUCUUUUCCAAAUCUCUUGGUGAUACGUCGAAACACGCAAAGAUUUUUCUUUUAAUUUUUUAAAUUUCUUAAUUUAUUUUAAUCAAAUAUUAAAAUGCAGUCUCUCUACUGAAAUGAUAUACAUUUUGCAAAAUGUUUAAAGAACUUUACUUGAAUUUAUCUAUCGCUCAAAUUACAAAACAUUUUAUGAUUAAACCUAAGAAAAAAAGAUAACGUGUAAUCAUUAAUAUAUUUCAGUGUAAUUACUUCGACGUAAAGAUACAAGCGCUAGAAUUGCAGACUAUUUUUUCUAGUGAAACCUGCGGCGAGAAUACGAGCCGUGGACCUUGGUAGGCGUUCAAUCGCCGUGUUCAGAAAGAUUUCAGCAACGGGCAGGACCCUGCUUCCGAAAGGGCUGGUAAAAGUAACCGAGAGGUACACUUCUAAACACAGAAAGAAGGGAGAACAAUGCUGCUACAUGCGCGCUGUGCGAUUAAUCGAGCGUCCGCAUGCUAAGUCUCUUGUAAUGUCUAAUCGAGUAUCCGACACGACACAUUGCUGUACAGUAAACCUAGGUAAAUUGUUAAUUGAAGAGGUAGAGACAAUCUGUAUAAUAUAUUGUAUAAAUUAUACAUACGUGUUAUCUAUCGCUUGUGUAUUAUAUCUCCAAUUUAAUAAAUGGAACACGUAUUAUGGUAAUUGUAGAAUUAUAUUAUAUAUCUCG